AUGCCUCAGCCAACAAAUGAAAAGUGGAUUGAGAUUUCAAAACAAUAUUACCUCAAAACUAAUUUUCCAAACUGUUUAGGAGCAAUUGAUGGCAAACACAUCAGGUGUAAAAAUCCUAAUAAUUCAGGCUCAAACUUUUACAAUUACAAGAAAUUUUUUUCUAUCAUAUUAAUGGCAGUAGUAGAUUCAAAUCUAUGCUUUACCGCAAUAGAUGUCGGAGCUUAUGGAAAGGAAGGGGAUUCAAGUGUCUUCAAAAAUUGUCCAUUUGGAAAGAAACUCUAUUCAAACCAACUUAAUAUUCCAGUCCCAGUUUGCUUACCUAAUGUUAAUGAUAAUCCUCAACCAUUUGUCUUCAUUGGAGAUGAAGCAUUUGCACUUCAUAUCAAUCUUCUUAGACCAUACCCAGGACGUGGUUUAACAUUAACGAGAAAAGUAUUUAAUUAUCGCCUAUCACGAGCCAGGCGCAUGGUCGAAUGUGCUUUUGGAGUUUUAGCCAACAAAUGGCGUAUUUUACAUACUCCAAUACAGGUUGAACCAGAUUUCACUGAUAUAAUAGUCAAGUCAUGUUGCAUGUUGCACAACUUUGUAAGAGUAAGAGAUGGGUAUAACAAUGAUGAUGCAGAAACCCACUCUUUGGAUGACGUUGAAGCACAUGCUACAGGUUCUCGAUCACAAGGAAUUGCUGUAAGAGAUUACUUUGCUAAUUAUUUUAUGGGACCUGGAGCUGUACCAUUUCAGUAUAAUAACAUGUAA